AUUGAUAGUUUAUGAAUUUUCUACCAUUUUUCUUGACCACUUUCGAACAAAGGUUUGUAAUGCUGUACUACUCCGUAUAUAAACGGCUGCUACGUAGCAUUUUAAUCCACAGUUUGCAAUUGUGUUCCAUACAAGCUUAUCCUGAUUCAGCAUGCAAAAGUUUACCAUUUCAAUCGUCUGUUUGCUAGUCAUUGGACUAGUGCUAGCCCAACAUGGUGUGGAAGCAACGAAAAAGGAAAAAGGAAAAGGUUCAGGCUACGGCGGAGAAUACGGCGGUGGUGGAUAUGGCGGCGGAGGAUAUGGAGGAGAUCAUAAACCGCAUCAUAAGCCUCAUCACAAGCCCCACCAUAAACCUCUUUUCAAACCCCUUUUCAAACCUCACCACAAACCCCAUCAUAAACCACAUCACGGCGGGGGCGAAUACGGUGGAUAUUAAGCUCAUCAGCCAUUGGCGACAUCUUGGUAUCACCUUCAGCUACUUCAUCUUCUCGAAAUCAUGACACUUCCUAUACUAUUAUCACAAUAUCAGUUAUGUUCAAAUAUCAUCCGUGUAUUUCGUUGUUUACUGUAAAACGUUUCUACAUACGAUCUUUUUAUAGCCGUGAAUACAAAGAGCUUAUUAUUGUAAAAA